CUAAACCAGUUCGCUUGUGUGGUGUGGCUUGUGUGUGUUGCUUCCGUGCCAUGGUGGCUGAUAUCUCGCUUUGGUUUUGUAAUUUCUUUGGUUGUCUACGACCGUGCCUUCAUUAAAUUCCUCACCAUCCAAAGUUUUCUGUUUACCGCAAUUUAUUAAUUCUUGAGGUCACAGUUUGGGUCAAGUUUGCCCGUUACUCCUCCCAUUGAAUUGGGUUUGUUUGUAGCCCAAUUUUCUUUCGACCCACGCACUGAGUUGAAAGUCGUUUUCGUGAUAAUUUUUCGCUAACGCCGACCUCGGACUCUUCAGAGUUUCAUGACUAUUAUUACCCUAAGGUUUGCUUUCUAUUAUUAUUUUCCAUCCAAGCCUUCGGAUAGAAAUUUGGUUCCAGUUCCAGUGAAUUCGAAGCAAGUGCAAUCUCGCUCGAGACAUAACCCCAAUUUUCCAUUCAUUCAGCGAGGAAUGCGUGCAAUGUUCCUCCAAGUUGUGCUCUCAAUUAUCACAAAUCCUCUUUCUAUUGCAUUAAAGUGAUUAUCUCCGUAUUAUUUUACUCGUGAUGUGCAAAUUAUAUCGUCAUUAAUGUAGUGCAAAACUAUUACCGUUUUAUUGAGUUCGAUUCACUGAUAUAAAUUGUGAUAGUGUGGGACCAUGGCUGGAAUUUUUGAUAUUGAGUUACAUGAUCCUGAUAGCCCUGGCCGAGAUGAAUCAGAUGAUAGCAUCGAUAUAGACCCUAAUGAAUAUGAUCCGGAUCCCAAUGUUAAUGCCAUUGCCGAAGCUGAAGCAACAGAUUCUGUGCCUUUGUCUGAAAAGGUUGUUAACCCUGCAAAUGAAAGGGUAGGCCCAAAAGAUUUUGAACUUAGGAAAGUGCUGGGCAAAGGUGGCUAUGGAAAAGUUUUUCAAGUUUGCAAGUUAACAGGCACUGAUGCUGGAAAAAUCUUCGCCAUGAAAGUACUUCGGAAAGCAUCAAUUGUUAGAAAUCAAAAAGAUACCGCCCAUACCAAAGCAGAGAGGAGUAUAUUAGAAGCUGUUAAGCACCCUUUCAUAGUCGAUUUGAAGUAUGCUUUUCAAACCGAUAGUAAGCUGUUUUUAAUUUUGGAAUUUUGUCCUGGUGGAGAAUUAUUUUCCAUUCUAGAAAGAGAAAGUUUCAUAUCUGAGAAAGUAUCAUGUUUUUACUUAGCCGAAAUUACACUAGCUCUUGAACACCUACAUGUCUUAGGAAUUAUCUACAGAGAUUUAAAGCCAGAAAAUAUCCUACUAGAUGCUACUGGGCACGUAAAAUUAACUGACUUUGGUCUUUGUAAGGAACAUAUUCAAGAUGAUACUGUCACUCAUACUUUUUGUGGAACCAUCGAAUACAUGGCACCUGAAAUUCUGACAAGAAGUGGCCAUGGCAAAGCUGUUGAUUGGUGGUCCCUAGGUGCCUUACUGUAUGAUAUGUUAACUGGAACUCCACCAUACACUGGUGAAAAUAGGAAAAGAACCAUAGAAAGGAUAAUGAAAGGAAGAUUGUAUCUACCUCCGUACUUGUCAUCAGAUGCUAGAGACCUGAUAAAACGAUUGUUAAAACGCUAUCCUCACCAAAGACUAGGCUCCUCUCCUGAAGAUGGUUUGGAAAUUCGUAGACAUUGUUUCUUCCGAAGCAUAAAUUGGAAUGAUAUUAUGUCAAGGAAAGCAGAAGCACCAUUCAAACCUAAACUUAAAGGAGCAGAUGAUACCUCACAAUUUGAUACUAAAUUUACCAGAGAAACUCCCUUAGAUUCUCCUGAAGAUACAGCUCUUAGUGAAAGUGUCAAUCAAGUUUUUGCAGGAUUCACCUAUGUUGCCCCGUCAGUGCUAGAAGAAAUGUACAGGCCUCGGGUUAUCAAAGCUCGCUCACCUCGGAAAGGACUAGCUGGUUCACAAGGUCAUUCAUAUUUGAGUCCUCCGCUAAGAAAUCCUUUUGACCGUCAUGAAAGUAAUUCUGUUCCACAAGAUGAAAUGAUGGAUGUUGUUCAGCCUUCAUCCAACCAUCAACUAUAGCAUCCUUAAAAUUCUUCCCCUCAGUUUUUACUCUCAGUUCUACUUUAUUUAUUUUUAUUUAUUAUCACUAUUAUUAUUGUUGAAUAAUCAUCGUGAAUUGUUCAUGAUUCUUUGAAUUAGAUGAAUUUGAAUGCUUUCAAGUGAUUUUGAAUUAUUCAUGUGAUGAAUACCUACCUACUUUGCAAUACCUCUUGAAAGUAAAAAGAAAUGUUAAAUCGAAAAUUGGAUAAAAAUACUUACUGUUCAAAACAGUAAUGUUGAAUGUUACUUAUAUGUUAUCGUAUUAUUGUGUACAUAGUGCCCCUUUGACACCAUUUGUCAGAAAAUUUUAGACUGCAAUAGCCUUACUGAGUCCAGAAUUAUCAUGAGUAUUGUUCAAGCAAUGAGUAUCAACCUUCUUCUCUGAAGUAUAUUUAAAACCAACGUCUCUCAUUAAAAAUCAAAAUUUAACUCUCAUUCAGUUUCCUUUUGUGAUUUGUCAUCAUCAUAUUCAUUAUUCUUCAUAUCUUCUUCUGUUACUCCAAGGCAAGUCUAAUCAGAAGAUUUUUAGUAUGUCCAUUUGUUUAAUAUAAGGUGUGGUAUGCCAGAAUCAAGAACUCUCAGCAAGAACAGCAUGUAAUUGUCCCCCAUGCGGAAUGACACUACUUAACAAAAUCUGGUUUAUGCUCUUGCUUCUUUAGACUUACCUUGCCAUUACGCCUAGUCAAGUAAAGUUUUUCACAAUGCAGGUAUAAAUAUUAUAAAUUCUCAGGUGCGCUUUGUACAUAUUAUAAUUCGAUAUAAAUGCCUUAGAGCCUUCUCUUAUCCAUCCCCAUCCCUUAUUUAAUUUCCUUGGUUUCCCUGUUUUUGUGUGUAUAGUGAUCAAAUAUUAUAAUUAAUAACAUUUAAAUUUUUUUACCAUUGUUACAUAAAAGUUCUGGUGUCAAUAACCAUUUUAGAGACUUUUUCAUUUGUAUUUAAAAUAACACACUCGUGAAGACAUUUUUACAAUGAUUACAAAGAAUGGCAGAGAUGGGUCAGUUUUCGUGAGAAUUUUUGUUUCGAAUUCCAGAUUUUUCAAGAAUUUGAAAUGAGAAUCUCUUCUGCUCUGUCUGCAAGCAUUUAUUUAACUAAAGUAACUUUGAGUGCUCAUAUUUUUUCUCAUCUUCUAAUUUUGUGUUCAUUGCAAUUUGAGCUGGAAUAAAAAUUUAUAACAUGGUGAAAGCUAGUUUAAAAGCUUUCUGUGCAUUAUUUAAAUCUGUGGCUGUCAACCAAUUCAAUUUUGAACUCAACUGCAACCAACUGCCAAAAGAGAGAAGCAUUUUUUUCUUUUUUUACAGUAGCAAUUAAUUACCAUCUAGCUAAUAUGUACUUGUAAGCAGCUUAACAGAGAUUGAUCAAAACCCUAUCCUAAGGUUGUACCAAAAUUUUCAGCAAUCAUUUUUCAUUUGGAAUUAUCGUUCAUUUCAUUCCAUUUCACCAUAGUAGCAAAAUUGAGAUAUUUUAUUUUUCCUGCGGGACGAAUAGAGAAACUUUGCAGUUUCCUUUCUCAGAUUCAAAGUUGCUGUGGGUGCAGAUAAGAUGCUAAAAGCUAUAAUUAUGAAAUGUCUCUUAUUUAUAGAAAAGGAAAGAAAAGUUAGAACAAUCUUACACUUAAGUUAAAAAAAUCUGUGAUAAUUCAGUUGAAUUUGCCAUUAUAGUUCUGUUCAAUCAUCAACGUUCUAGGUUAAUAAAACGACAAUUUCUUUCUGCCUUCUGUAUGGGUUCUCAGCCUUUCAUUUCCGAUCAACCUCCCCUGAGACCAGCAGACGUUCAAAUUGUCAUCUAUUUUGUUGACUCUAAUCUUUCUUUAUUAGUCAAAUUUAAGCACUAGUUAUUUUAAGCCUCGAGUAAAGUCAAGUAUAUAAAUAUUAUAUCACUUUUUUUCCUCUCUUUUUUUCUAAAAGCAAUAGAUUAAAAACGCUUGGUCAUCUUGUUCAUUUUUUUACACAAUUUUAUUGAGCAAAUGACACAGGCAAAUAGUUUUCCUUUUCUGUUUCAUGAUGUUUCUUUUUUUUUUAUACUUUCAAUCUUCUCUCUUUUAACUUAGAUAAUUUUGUUAGAUAGUUAAUUAUGUUGGUUUGCAGUUAUCUCAGAACUUUUUUGUUUCAAACUGUUUAAUUUAUAGCUCCGUAAUAUUUUUCAGACCUGACUAAUACCAAGUAAGGCAUAAGGGAGGCAGAAAAUUCAUUUUUAGUUUUUAUGUGGAUGUGUUCCUCAUUUCAUCGAUCAUUGGGUCUCCUACCCAAAACCGUCAUUUCAGAACGUGAAGAAGAGUUAUAAACUGAACAGUUACCAUCAUAUGCGUACAGUAGAAUUGUUGAAUUUUUAAGUUUAACAAUUCCGCCUUCUCUGUUUGUAGAAGUGUAAGAUUUUUUUAGUUAAAUACAAAACGAGUAGUGUAAGUAGGUUUCCUUUUCUCACGUUCUUUGUCUAACGGAGUAAUGAGAGACAACAAAUAUGAUGAUAUGAUGAUUGUAAAUGACAGAUUUCAAAGUACCUACAAAGCAGUUUAAUAUAUCGUACUUUCAACAGAGGUCUCUCUUGUGAUCAAUAAUUAGUUGUCUUAAGUUUUUGAAACUGCAAAACUUUUCUUGAUUACCACUAGGGAUAAGUUGCUUUUUUUUCUUUUUUUUCUCAUUUUUUUAUCAGGCUAAUAGCAAUUGAUGUUGUGUUGGAGCUUCCACAUUGUGAUAACUAUUCUUUACUCCUCUUCUCUGAACACUUUGAGGGCACAUUUAAAUCAGUUUGAUAGAGCACAAUCUGAAACUACUAAUCAAUAGAGCAAAGAGAUUUUUCUUAGAAGUGCUGUCAUUGAAGUGAUCAAAUAUUUGAAUGAGUUGGUAAUGAAUUCAGUCAUCUUUCCAUUUGCUCUCAGAUUCCGUAUUAACAAGGACUGAAGUUAAAUCAAUUUAUGUUUUGAUAAAAUAAGGAAAUCUAUUAUUCACAGUUUGGUUGCAAAUAUUAAAUGCUCUACCCCUAAGCUUGUGUCUUACGAUUUAACUGAGCCUAUCAAUCUUACAAGUUCAGAUUUCCAGGACUCUGAUCGGUUCUGGCUGUAUUUCCUAAAAACCUGGACUCUGAAGCCCACACUUUACCCAAUGAAUGGAAACACAGACGAUACUCCGUCAAACUGAAGCAGCCUGCGAGAGUUCGAUGGUGGUAUGCUCUGAUUGGAAGAUGAAAAACCAAUAGAAGCAACUUUGUUGGACUGAUGAGCUCAGUUUGAUCGCGUAACCCAGGCCAUAAAAUUUGCAGGAAUGCAAAUAAAGAAGGGGCAUCACAUUCUCAAUCACAGAGAAAUGGAAAUGCUAGUCAAUCCAUUCAUUUUCACUUCUGACAGUGCCUAUUUGAAAUUUUCGUGGAAAGAUUUCACAUAGUUCCCAUUUUCUGUCCUCUCCCAUCUAUUGAUUUAUUUCCAGCUUUGUAACUUGAAUGAAUUAAUAUUGCAUAAUAACCUUGAAAUUCCAAGAAUUUGUGUUCUCUCUUAUAAAACACAACUAUUGUCUCCCUUCAUUAAAGAGAAGGUAAAUUUCAACUCAGUAAAGGGACCACAAGAAAUUAGAACAACAUACUUCCAACUUAACGCCAAGUAAAAUGUGUAUUUAUUACUGUAAAUCAUGAUUUUCAAAUCCCAAUGUUUACUUUGACUUAAUAGCAUCCUACAGUAUUUUUGAUGAGGUGAAAUUUUCCGUAAUUUGUACUUACUAUAAUGUCGUCUUUCCUGAAACCAUCACAAAAUUAUAAUGUCGUAUCCUCCUACUUCAAUAAUUUUUCAUUUUCCCAAGUUCAAAAUUUAAAGCUGGUUUUUUUUAAAGUGAAUGCAUGAAAAGUAAAAAUCAUGUCCAGAGUCUUUAAAAAAAACUGUCUUUUAUUUAAAUAUCAUUAUAACUUGAUGUGUUGAAAUAGCACAGUCUUAUCAAGUAAUAAUCAGCAUAUCUCACGUAUUUUGUCUGAAUUGUUUCCCUCAUCAAAUUUUCUCUCGUUUUACAACUUGGGCCUUACUUUUUUUCUUCCUUAUUAAGCAAUUUAUUUUGACCUUGCAUCAUUGCUCUAAUUCAAUUAAUUUAUUUUUCUACACCACUGAUUUGGAGUAAAGUGAUAAUGGGAAUUGUCUGAAAAUUUAUCAGGACCUCUUAACCUAAUCACUUUACAUGAUUUGCUAUUUCCUGGUGGUUUUGUGUCUGUACCAUAUUAAUUAUGUACAGUCCAUUUAUUUUAGUCAACUCAUAAUGAAAGCUCAAUUUGAAGUGUUUACCAUCAUAUAUACCCCUCCUCUUCCUUUGUCUCCCAGUCCUUUUAGUUUUAUUUAUUUUUUAUCUCUGUCAAGAUGUCCCUCUAUAAUUUUUUUUCUUUCUUAAAAAAAAGUGCACAUCUAGUAGCUUUGGUAGAAAAAUUAUCUAAUUAUUUUGUCCCCAUUUUCUCCCUGAAUUUUUCAUUGUACCUAAUGAACAUGAAUAUGAUAUAUAUUUUGUUGCCUAAAAAUGGAUGAUAAGUCCGUCUGUCCAAAAUACAAAUUAUUUUAUGAAUUGUCAGAUGAAGUCUCUACUGAUCACAUUUUAUCACCCCUCGUUUUACUUCUAUCAUUUACUCUCCCCUUGUGAAAUAUAACAUAAUAGUUGUUUUAAUUUUAUCUAUUGAAAUUACUUUCUGAUUUUUGAAAUAUAUAUGUAAUUAAUAAAGAUCAUUUAUUAUACUGAA